AUGUCUUCUUGGGGAGAUACAGCAUUUGGGACAUAUACACGUCCCGUGUCUCUGCUCUUUGGCAUGGAGGUCUCACCUCUGGUUUCCCGGCUCACGUUAUCGAUGGAAGCUUUGGUAGUGGAUGACGAGGUCGUUGCAGCGGUCGAAGCCCCUUCGAUUCCGGUGUUCGCUGGCGUCGGUGAUGGGUCGACUUCUGGAGACUUGCAUGAUCGAGACUUGACUCCGAUCGACGCGGGCGGCGAGACGGCGCUGACAGCCCUCGACGUCGACGAUGAUUUUGUGUGGCCAACCUCACCACGCCCAGAGCUGGUGUCUUUGCCGGACGUAUCGUCAGAUGUUCAGCAGGGCGAUGACCUCUCGCCAAUUGACAUCUGUCUGGUGGGUUUCAAUGAGCCCAUCAAUGAUGUCAGCACUGUGAAAGAGGCAUCUGGCAGCUUUUUGAGUGUAUACAUACCCAUAGUAGAAUCCAACUCUAUCUUGUGA